AUGUGGCCAGGUGAUCCAAACGGCGACAUGACAGUCAGUUUUGAGGGUUUUGUUUGGCAGGUCAGGGAGCACAUCAUGACGACACACUUCCCCUGGAUGCAGACUGCGUUUCCUCACCGCCGGCCGGGGGAACACGCCGCCUUCUCCGGUAUCUCAAACGGCACCACCCCCGAGGAGUUCGCCGCCCUACUCGAGUUCCUCCACACCAACGAGUUCAACCACCAAACCUGGGAACAAUCCCCCUCCUUCCUCAGCUACGUUCAAACCCUGCGCACACCGCACAAGCGGAGAUUAAGGGAAGACUCGCACCUCGAGAAGAGGCACAUCAAGUCUUUCAUUGAGGCUGUUAUUGUGGUUGAGUCGAGGAAGUGGAAUGCCAAGAUGCAGAAGGUUAUGUAUGAUACGGGUGAGCGGUUGGGGAGUCAGUUGAAAGAGGAUGAGGGGUUUCGGGAGUUUGUUGAGACGUUUCCGACGGGAAAGGUGUUUGCACGGGCUAUUGGGCUGCUGUGA